AUGUCCGUGCCAGCAAACCACAAACCGCGACAGCUGUGGCGUCCCCGGAAGGGCGUAGAUACCCAGACUGAUCGCUUCCGUCGCUUUGUCAAUCAACGACGAGGCUUAAAUCUUCAAAACUACCACCAACUCCACAAGUACUCAUGUGAUGACGAUACCGCACCGCAAUUCUGGGUCGACUUGAUCCAUUUUGUCGAGCUCAAAGCGGAGGGCAAUCUGGACUACGCGAUUCCUGCUGGCCGCAUACCCUUGUUCCCACCACCAGAAUUCUUCCCUGGCGUGAAAUUGAGCUUCCCGGAAAAUCUGCUCAGCGGGAGGCCGCCGAACGAGAUUGCAGUGCAUGUGGUGCAAGAGGGCGGAACCAGGAUCAAGGACUACACAUGGGUCGAAUUGUAUUCCAUGGUGGAGCGUGCAGCAGACGCACUGAUCUCGCUGGGUGUGAAGAAACAUGACCGCGUGGCAGCCGUCCUGUCGAACCGGCUUGAGACGGUCGUGUUGUGCCUGGCCACCCUCUCAAUGGGAGCCAUCUGGUCGUCCUCCUCCCCUGACAUGGGCGAAUCUGGAAUUCUAGAUCGCUUGACCCAGAUCAAGCCGAGGAUCGUCUUCGGAGAAGCGUCCGUCGUCUUCAAAGGCAAAGCAAUGGACUUGGCGGCAAAGAAUGCAGCCAUUGUGCGAGGCCUCGAGGGGUUUUCCGAGUUCAAGACCUUGGUCGUCCUCCCUCCUCAGGGCCACGAAGGCAGCCCAAAGAAGCAGCACAACAACAGUGGCCGUCAAGUUCUUAGCUAUGAAGACUUUCUCAAGCAUAGUAUAGGAAGACCGCUAAAAUUCACCCGACUGCCCUUCUCCCACCCUGGAUUUAUCGUCUACUCUUCAGGCACUACAGGAUGGAUCAUGUGGGCCAUGGUUCUUUGCGGACUGUCUUACGGAGGCAGGACGGUGAUAUAUGAUGGCUCGCCACUUUACCCAGACAACUUGGUGCUUCUCCGACUGGUUGAAAAGUUGAGAAUCAGCUUGCUGGGAAUCUCGCCCCGGCUGCUCCUCGAGAUCAAGAAGGCAGGCCUGGUCCCCCGAGAUAUUUUGGACCUGUCCUCACUCCGCACCGUUACUUCAACGGGGAGCAUCUUGAACGAGGAACUCUGCGAAUGGUUCUAUGAUGUCGGGUUUCCAAAGGGCGUGCAUCUGCUCUCUACCUGUGGUGGAACGGAUCUUGCCUGUUCACUGGUUAGUGGCAACCCGACUCUACCCAUGCAUGCCGGGGAGAUUCAGUGCAAGUGUCUCGGGAUGGCGGUCGAUGUUGCUCAAUCCGACACAGCACAAUUCGAGUCCAUCGAGAGCACUGGAGCUGCAGGACAACUCGUUACCACGAGACCGUACCCGAGCGAGCCUCUUAAAUUUUGGGGCCCUGGGGGACAGGAGAAGUACUACAGCUCCUACUUUGAGCAAUUGGGACCGUACGUGUGGUGGCAGGGUGACUUCAUUCGACGAUCGCCGGAGACUGGAGGUUAUGUGGUGCUCGGUCGAUCUGACGGCGUUCUGAACCCAUCUGGGGUGAGAUUUGGCUCGGCCGAGAUCUACGAGGUGCUGGAUAAGAUUCCUGGCAUAGUCGAGUCAAUCUGCGUCGGCCAGCGACGACCAACUGACCAGGAUGAAGCUGUCGUCCUCUUCCUGGUCCUGGAGCCAGGAAAGACGUUGACCAGCGAGUUCGAGCACCUCAUCAAAGACUCGAUCAAGCGAGAAAGAUCUCCGCGACAUGUUCCCAAGUAUGUCUUUCCGGUCUCGACGGUUCCGUACACGAUCAACGGCAAGAAGAUCGAGAUCGCAGUCAAGAAGAUCAUCAGCGGCGAGAACAUUGUGCCUUCGGGUGCGGUGGCCAAUCCAGAAUCCUUUGCCGAGUUCAGGAAAUUUGUCAAUGUUGAAAAGAUGUACCAGGAGCAGUGCCGAGAGCGUCAACAAAAGGCCAAGCUAUAG